GUUAUACUCGAAUCUGUGUGAAUUGUGUGAUUGAGAUUGAUUGAACUUAAACUGACUUGAAGAAAGAAAUUAAGCCGGUUUAUGAUUUUACCAUAAAACAAACAUCAUUUCAUUAUUUUUUUAAAGUGAAUUGCAACUAUGAGUCUUUGGGUAGAUAAACACAGGCCUAGAGACUUAAUGAAACUAGAUUAUCAUAAAGAUCAAGCCGUUCGUUUGAAGAGUUUAGUUCAGCAAAGUGAUUUCCCUCAUCUAUUGGUUUACGGGCCAUCUGGAGCCGGCAAGAAGACCCGCAUAAUGUGUUUACUGCGAGAACUUUAUGGUUCAGGUGUAGAAAGGCUGAGACAAGAAACCAUGACGUUCACCACACCUAAUAAGAAGGUGGAAAUCAUGACUGUAAGCAGCAAUUACCACAUUGAAGUUAACCCUACAGAUGUCGGGAUUCACGAUAGAGUAGUUAUUAUGGAUUUGGUAAAGAAUGUGGCACAAACCCAUCAAAUAGAUUCCUCAGGGCAAAGAGAAUUCAAAGUUGUCAUAUUGAAUGAAGUGGAUGAUCUAACAAAAGAUGCACAGCAUGCCUUACGUCGGACCAUGGAGAAGUACGUAGCAACAUGUCGCCUGAUACUCAUUGCCAAUUCCAUUUCUCGUGUUAUUCCAGCAAUCAGAUCCCGUUGCUUGACAAUAAGAGUGCCUGCACCAUCAGAGAAUGAAAUUGCUUCUGUUCUACAGUUAGUUUGUAAGAAAGAAGGUUUGAAUAUCCCACCAGAGCUUGCCCUCCGGCUUGCUAAAGCUGCUGAUCGUAACUUACGAAGGGCAUUACUCAUGUGUGAAGCUUGUAAAGUUCAGCAAUACCCUUUCACAGCAGAUCAAAAGAUACCAGAGCCAGAUUGGCAGCAAUUUAUUAGAGAAACAUCAUGUUUGAUACUUUCUGAACAGUCACCAAAAAAGCUAAUUGAAGUCCGACAAAAAUUAUAUGAACUGCUUAUACAUGGAGUACCAGCAGAUAUGAUUUUUGGUGGUUUAUUAAAAGAAUUGGUACGGAACUGUGACAUGGCUAUGAAGUGCCAAGUUGCUAGUAGUGCAGCCAACUACGAACACAGAAUGAGGCUUGGAAACAAACCUAUUUUCCAUCUUGAAGCCUUCGUGGCCAACUUUAUGGCUAUCUAUAAGAAAUUUGUGGAGGAAUCCAUAGGUGAUGCUUUCUAAGGAUUAAAAUUAAAUUAGAUUGUGCCUGUUUUAAUUGUUUAUAAUAAAUAACUAAAUACAAAA